AUGACUGUUGAUGAGGGCGUCGAUAUUACAAAGGUGGGAGACCGCGGUGUCCUGAAAAGGAUAAUCAAAGAAGGGACAGGAACUGAUACUCCUAAUGUUGGAUGUUCGGUGUCCGUACACUACACCGGGACUCUUGUAGAUGGUACCAAAUUCGAUUCCAGCAGGGAUAGAAAUCAGCCCUUUGAAUUCAAUGUGGGCAAAGGUACUGUUAUCAAAGCAUGGGACAUUGGCAUAAUGACUAUGAAGAAAGGAGAGGUGUGUGUGCUGACGUGUGCCCCUGAAUAUGCCUACGGUGCAGCUGGCAGUAAACCAACGAUCCCUCCUAAUGCUACAUUGAAGUUUGAAAUCGAAAUGAUUGGUUGGAAGGAGGAGGAUCUAAGUCCUGGUAACAACAAAGGUAUCUUGCGGCACAUCAUCGAACAAGGAAGCGGUACCGACAACCCCAAUGACGGCUCUUAUGUUACAGUGGAGCUCGAAGGUAGACUACUACCAGAAGGCAAAACCUUUGAUACGAGAACGGUUUCAUUUCAUUUGGGUGAAGGUAGCGAACAUAAAAUUUGUGACGGCAUCGAGAUAGCUUUGGAUAAGUUCGUCAAAAAUGAGAAAUCUCGGUUAACGAUCCAACCUAAAUACGCCUUCAAAUCGGAAGGGGAUGCCGAACUUGGUGUGCCACCGAACACUGCAGUAGAAUAUAUUGUUAAACUGAUCAAGUUUGAAAAUACCAAGCAAGAUUGGUUACUAGAUCCAUCAGAAAAGAUAGAACAAUCUAAGAUUUCCAAAGAAAAAGGCACCAAUUACUUUAAGGCGGGCAAGUUACAGCUUGCCAUUAAGAUGUAUAAGAGAGUUGUUUCAUUACUAGAAAAUAUAAUAGAUAAUGUAAAUGAACCUCUUCUGGUUCAGGAAAAAAAAGAAGCUCCGGAACUACUCUUGUCAGUCCAUUUGAACCUUGCAUUAGUCUACUUAAAACUCACACCCAUUGAUUACUUCGAAGCCAAGGACCAUGCUGUUAAAGCUCUCAAGUACGAUGAGAAGAAUGUGAAAGGACUUUUCAGAAAAGGGCAGGCAGUGUUAGGCCUUGGAGAUGCAGAGGAGGCGUUGAAAGCCUUUGAAAAAGUUUUGGAAAUUGAACCACAGAAUAAGGCAGCCGCUAACCAAGUGCUCGUGUGCAAAACAACAAUCCGCAAGCAGAAGCAGACAGAAAAGCAGAUGUAUGCCAACAUGUUUGACAAGUUCGCCAAACACGACACGGAGAUGGAAAAGAUAAGAGCUAAAAACGAAGUGGAUGUAAUAGGAGAGAAGGUGGGCGAGUGGGGGACCGGAGAAGGGGAGUGGACCGACCAGCAGCGAGCUCGCGAACCGACCGAAUUUGAAAAAGAAAACCCCAACAUUCUUAUGCUUGACAAAGAAGGACAGUUCAAGAAUAUGUAG